GUCGUAUGUGAGCUUUCGGAUGCUAGCCCCCUGGGCAAGGCCUUGGAGCUGAUCUCAAACCUCAAGAAGCAUGUGGAGCAGGAUGGAGUGAAGCAGCAGGAGGCCUACAAAAAGUACAAGGAUUGGUGUGAAGCUCAGAGCGGAGAGCUCCUGCGGGAACUGGAAACUGAGAAAAAGGCCAAGCAAAAGAUGGAAGCUGAGAUUUACGAGGCAGAAGCGGCGAUCGCUUCUGCAUCAGCUGAGAUCCAGAAGUUCGUCUCGCAGGUUGCACGAGCUGACGCCAAGCUCAACGACGCAAAGGAACUGAGGCAGCAGGAGCGCAAGGACUUUGAGACAUCCCAAAAGUCCUUGUCGGACACGAUCACCCUCCUGGACAAAGCAGGGGAG